UCUAAUAAGCAGAAACACCGAGGUUUGGGGACCAGAAAACUGUGAUUAAUUAAAAAAUGGCAGCUUCUCUACAAGCAGCUGCUACUCUAAUUGGUGUUAUUCCAUCUAGAAACAAUCUGCAGUUUAGAUCUUCUCAAAGUGUGAGCAAAACAUUUGGUGUUGAACCAGCUACAGCAAGGCUGACUUGUUCUUUGCAGGUUGAUUUUAAAGACUUGGCUCAGAAGUGUAGUGAUGCUGCAAAAGUUGCUGGCUUUGCUCUUGCCACUUCUGCCCUUGUUGUCUCAGGAGCAAAUGCAGAAGGAGUUCCAAAAAGACUGACCUUUGACGAAAUUCAAAGCAAGACAUACAUGGAAGUAAAGGGAACUGGAACUGCUAACCAAUGCCCAACCAUUGAAGGAGGUGUUGAAACCUUUGCAUUUAAGCCUGGCAAAUACAAUGCCAAGAAAUUCUGCUUAGAGCCAACUUCAUUCACUGUCAAAGCAGAAGGAGUGAGCAAGAAUUCACCACCAGAAUUCCAGAAAACCAAGCUUAUGACCCGAUUAACCUACACUCUUGAUGAGAUUGAAGGACCAUUCGAAGUAUCUUCCGAUGGCAAUGUUAAGUUCGAGGAAAAAGAUGGAAUUGAUUAUGCUGCGGUCACAGUUCAACUUCCUGGUGGCGAGCGUGUCCCCUUCCUUUUUACAAUCAAACAACUCGCAGCUAGUGGUAAACCAGAAAGCUUUAGUGGUGAAUUCCUCGUGCCAUCAUACAGAGGUUCGUCGUUCCUUGACCCAAAGGGACGAGGUGGAUCAACCGGCUAUGAUAACGCUGUUGCAUUGCCCGCUGGAGGUAGAGGAGAUGAAGAGGAACUUGAGAAGGAAAAUGUAAAGAACACAUCAUCUUCAACAGGAAAAAUUACUUUGAGUGUUACUAACACCAAGCCAGAGACUGGUGAGGUGAUUGGUGUAUUUGAGAGUAUUCAGCCAUCUGAUACUGAUUUGGGAGCAAAGGUACCUAAAGAUGUAAAAAUCCAGGGUAUUUGGUAUGCACAACUUGACUCAUAGAGACUCUAGAGUUUUUGUUUGGAUUUUGUUGUAAGGUAUGAGGUUGAACUUGAACAAUCAUAGAGACAAGUAUCUUAAUGUAUAUUAUCAAGAAAAGAAAAGAAAGAGAAAUUCAAUGCGAUAUAGUGAGUUGCAAAUCCUUUUAACUCAUGACAGAGUACAAAGCACUCAUUAUGAAUAAUCAAUUUACAUUCUUACUUAA